GAAUCUGCGUCAUCUGGGACACAGAGGCGAAACGGCACCGUUUGCUGUGUCGUUGGUUCCACCAAUUUGCACUUUGCAGUUGCUUGCUUCCGUUCCAACCUCCAACCCAAUCCACUAUAUUUUAUCUAUUCUAUUCUCUUUCCCUCACCAACACAACACAUUACACACGCCAUUUCUCUCUAAGUCUUCUCUCCCCCUCACCCCACUCCUUCGCCACCCAACCCCAAACGACGCCGUCUCCACUUCUCUCAUGUAACCGCCGUUCCGGGACACAAAAACAAACUUCCGUUGUUCUCGUUCGUUUUUUUUUGUCCGGUUCGGUUUUUUUAGAUGGAUCGGGCGGCGUUGACGAUUGGACCGGCCAUGGACAUGCCGAUCAUGCACGACAGCGACCGUUACGAUCUGGUCCGCGACAUCGGGUCGGGGAAUUUCGGCGUAGCGAGGUUGAUGCAGGAUAAGCAAACCAAGGAACUCGUUGCCGUGAAGUACAUCGAAAGGGGUGAUAAGAUUGAUGAAAAUGUAAAGAGGGAAAUCAUUAAUCACAGGUCUCUCAGACAUCCUAACAUUGUUAGGUUUAAAGAGGUUAUUUUAACACCUACUCAUCUUGCUAUUGUAAUGGAAUAUGCAUCUGGAGGAGAGCUCUUUGCGAGAAUCUGCAAUGCUGGACGUUUUACUGAGGACGAGGCUCGAUUCUUCUUUCAGCAACUCAUAUCUGGAGUCAGCUAUUGCCAUGCUAUGCAAGUAUGUCAUCGGGACUUAAAGCUGGAAAACACUUUGCUGGAUGGAAGCCCGGCACCUCGUUUGAAGAUAUGCGAUUUUGGGUACUCCAAGUCUUCAGUGCUUCAUUCACAACCAAAGUCAACUGUGGGAACUCCCGCAUAUAUUGCUCCAGAAGUAUUGCUGAAACAAGAGUAUGAUGGCAAGGUAGAGUUUUUACUGUUUAAUUGGCAUUGUUCUGUUUCUGUAGAUCUAUUGAUGUCAUAAUUAAAUGAACAAUUUUUUUGUGUAUUUAUCAUCAUUUUUGAGCUGGCUAAUUCUUGACUUUUCAUGUUAUAAGGAUCUAAAGCGAUGAUAUUUUCUAGUUUUUUCACCCAGUCCAAUGGUCAUUUUGGUCUGCACUCCAAAAAAAGGUCAUUUUAGGUUUUUGGCUGUCAUUUCCAUGUAAUUUAGGUCCUGAAGGCACUAGCUCAAAAUCUAUACUUAGAAAGGGAACAUAAAAACUUCAAAUUUAAAGCCAUGUCCAUGAUGGACACAUCUCAGAUGCUUCAAAUACCUUUGUCAUCGCCAUGUAUUUUACAAUUAAUCGUAGUCUUUUUAUUAUGUCUACAGUGACCCGUGCUGAUUUAGAAUAUUAAUUUACUCUGAAUUAUGUCCUAUGUUGUUAAAAUUUGUUGUAUCCUUGUGUCCCUUGUCAUAUCCAUACAUUUUAGACUAUCUAGUUAGUUGACACUUAACAUUCUACAG